AGGCGGAUCCAAAGGGGCGGGCGGGGGUUGCCGGGAGCCGUGCGCUGGCGGUGCGUGGGUAGCUGGCGGCAGCGAUGCUCAACUGCUGGGAAGCCGCGCUGGGCGCCGCCGUCUCCGUCCCCGUCUUUCUUUUCGUGGCAGCGCCCUACAUCAGGCGGUAUGUCGCUGGAGGACGGUGUAAGUCGACAGCAAGGCUGGAGGGGAAGGUGGUGAUAAUCACAGGAGCCAACACAGGCAUCGGGAAAGAGACCGCCAGAGACCUCGCACGAAGAGGUGCAAGGGUAAUUAUUGCCUGCAGAGACACAGCAAAGGCAGAAGCUGCAGCCAGUGAAAUCCGAGCUGAGACAGGGAACCAGGAAGUCAUUGCGAAAAAACUGGAUUUGGCUGAUACGAAGUCCAUCCGGGAGUUUGCUGAGAGAUUUCUAGCAGAGGAGAAGGAACUCCAUAUUCUCAUUAAUAAUGCUGGGGUAAUGUUAUGCCCUUACUCCAAGACUGCUGAUGGCUUUGAGAUGCAGCUGGGAGUCAAUCAUCUUGGUCACUUUCUCUUGACCUUCCUCUUGCUGGAGCGUCUGAAGCAGUGUGCCCCCGCCCGCAUCGUGAACGUGUCCUCACUGGCUCACCACGGCGGCCGAAUCCGCUUCCAUGAUCUGCACGGGGAGAAGAGCUACAAUCGCGGCCUUGCCUACUGCCACAGCAAACUGGCCAACGUGCUCUUCACCCGCGAGCUGGCCAGGCGCCUGCAAGGCACUAAAGUCACAGCAAACGCUCUCCAUCCUGGGUCUGUGUAUUCGGAUCUGGUCCGGCACUCGUUUAUAAUGACCUGGCUGUGGAAGAUAUUCUCCUUCUUCUUGAAGACACCUUGUGAAGGAGCUCAGACCAGUAUCUACUGUGCAGUAGCUGAGGAGCUGGAGUCUGUGACAGGACAGUAUUUCAGUGAUUGCCAGCCAGCGUACGUAUCUCCACGUGGUCGGGAUGAUGAGACGGCAAAGAAGCUCUGGAGUGUGAGCUGUGAGCUCCUUGGCAUCCAGUGGGACUGAGCUGCACCAAGAGUGUUCCUGGCUGGGCCCAGCAAAGCUUCUCUAGGGAACAGCACUGCUGAGAGACCUCAAGAGUACAACACUGAUACUUCAGCUGCCCUAAGGAUGGCUCUGUGGGCACAACAUAAUUUAAAUUUCUGGAAUAUUACACUUAAGGAUUGAGAUCUGUAAGCAAUCAGUCCCCCUUCCUAGCUGGAGAAUUCAAGCACCAAUGCAGGGAGCAACCUGCUUGUUAUCUCACACAGCAGCUCGAGGCUAUGGUUCUCUGGCUUUAGAAUAGAAAGGGAGGUUGCAGUCUUAGGUUUAGAUUAUGAAGUAACAAGGCAUUACUUUAAAUAAAGUUUGGUUGUUUUUUCCCUAACAGCAAUAGUAAUAAGGUAGGACUCUAAACUAUGAGAUUACUUUCAGUUCCUACCCUUUGAACUGGCAGAGCAAAAAUACUUUGGGAUAUUAGAUUUUCUGGAAAGUUAUGCAAUACAAAUACUCUCUAGCACACAGAAACAGGUCCUGGCCUUUUUGUGCCAAGUAUUAGGUAAAGUUUUUUACAUGGAAUCACGUUCUCUGCAUGCUCUGUAAGAAGCUGGACCCUAGCCACUGAGGUAUUGUGGCCCUUAAUACCCAUUGAUUGCAGUAGGUGUAUUGGGGGUUGGCCAAUCUUCUGAGAACCCAGGUUUUGGUGCAGGUGACUAGGAGGUUAAAAGCUGCAGGAGGGCUGCAAUUGUGCACAGACAAGUUAUUAAAAAAAUCAGCAUCUCUCUUGUGAAGCAUUGAACAAAGAUGGUGUAAAAGUUGUCACAGUAAACCCCCCAGCUGCACUUUAAAUAACUUUAGAACCUAGAAAAUAUAGCAGAAUGAGUAAGGAACAUCUCAACCAUGUUAAAAAAUAUUAAACAACUUCAGCUGAGACUUUAGCUUUAAAUUACACCAAACUUCCUAGAGCUACGUAGCUGAAGCAGGAGGCAGGACUAUCUUGGUGUUAUGGUCAAGCUGGCUCCAGGACAGGAAGGUACGACUUGCACAGAAAUCCUUGUGUUUGUCUGCCCAGCAGUUACGGGGCAGGCAGUGCCUGGCUGCCAGCCAAGGCUGCCAGCCUGCCCCUGCAGGACCACACAGCUUGCACUUCCACAAAGCAGCUGCCUCAGGCCACACAGCUCUGGGACUGCUCCCUUGGAACCCCAGUGCUAUGUGAGUGCAAAUUGCUGGAGGGCAAUCCGUGACCAGAGAUUAUUUCUGAAAGAGUUAAGCAGUCAGAAACCAAGUGCCACAGCUCAUAGGAUUAUCUUCUGCUUCUGAAAAAAUGCCUGGAAGUUUUUGGACUUGCAUAUGAACCUGCCACUGUGACCAACUGCCAGUUUUAGAAAACCAAUGCUAAUUUUAAUUCUUCCUGUCUGGAUGCUGUCUAUGCAGAUGAGUCCUGUGCUACCUCUGAGCAAUACUAAAUAAAGCCACUUUCCUUUUAGAACAGGACCCCAUAUCUUCUUUCAGAAAUGCUGAUUCAGUUUACUUGGUGUUGCUGUUAUCUGCACCUGCCUCACUAAUGUAGAGAAUUCAGUCCAGGUAACAUUUUUAAAAGUUCCUUUGUGUUUCUCCCUGUCACUCUACUUUUUUUUCCCCUCCCUCUUUAUGCUGCAUCCCAAUGAUGAAGCUAAAUCCACAACUAUAAGGUAGCAGUAAAAUGUUACCUACCACUGGAGCCUUGGUUUGCUUUCUGUGUGUCAUUCUCUGAUCUUGAAAGUGGCUUCAGGAGCAAGAGAAACCAUUUUUAAAAACGCAGAAAAGUGUCUCUGGUGUGAAAUAUUUUUGCCCUUGCAGGUCAAUGCACUUCCUAAAAAGUCUGAUUCUGGAUUUAACAUAAGAUAUAUUAAAUAAACAUUUCCAUAGACAUACAUUCACUCUCUUUGACCUUGAGCAAGUAAUUUAUACCUCUCAGCUGAUCUCUAAAAAAUGAGGAAACUAAAGCUCAUUUAGCUGUCUCAAAGGGAGGCUUGUAAGGGAGAGUUAGAUUAACUUGCAAAGCUCCCUAAAGAGGAUUACUGAGUACACGGAUGAGGCUGAACUACUUAGGCUACCUAGCUGCUGGGGGGACUUCUAAAGAUGUGGCAUUCCAGUUGAUCUAAAUAUUGACAAUACUCAGUAACAUGUAAAUUUGGCAUGAUACAACAAUUACCCCCCUUCUAAUUACUCCACUAAGCAUAGCCAAAAGCAAAGUGCAGGUCUAAAAGAGAAUCCUAGCUGUGCUGAGGUAAAAAAAUAAACUGAAAUACAUUAACAGUCAUAAUACUUUAUUUUUGUUUUGGUUGUAAACAAACCUUGGUCAGUAACAGAGAAAUUCUCUUAAACUGGCAGUAUUCAAUCCCUUUUUCCUGCUCAAAAAUUCAAAGCCCCUUGAUAAUUGCACUAUUUAUGACACAAUGUAAUUAAACGGGGUCAAAAUUCCAGUUCUGCUGGUACAAGAAAGAUCCCUACAAUUCCAGGUUAAGAACAUCAAAUUACACCAAACACUAUAUAAAGUGCAUCAGGUACAGUGCAAAGAGGUCAGGAAGAAAGGCAGGUAGGGAACUGACGGGUCUGCAUGGCAGACUCCACUCUCAGUGCUCUCUGCAGCUGAAGGAACAUGAGCAGAACAGGAACAUUACAGCAAUGCAGACCUGGAUACCCACAUACAGUAAAAUCUCCUCCCCAUAAUCACAGAUUUCAAAAUGACUGAAGCCAUAGGUAGUGUCACGUUUAAGGAUUAGCCUGAUGCCUGUAAGCUGAUGGAAAGCUAGGUCAGUCUGGCCAAGGAAACGAAAGCUUUCAUUAGUACUGCUCACUAAUGAGAUAAUGCAAAUCUGUGGUCAGGGGAUUCUGAAAGUUGUAUGUGGUCAUUUCUGCUCUAGUGAGCACAGCAGAGCACCUCCAAAGAGAGGUGUUUGUGUCAGCUCUUGAAACCUUGAAGAAGAUGGACCAAAUCCUUUCCAACACCAUGGAAGUCUGUUCUUUCAUUAUAGUGAGCUUGGGGAUAGUGCAAAACUCUUACUUCAUAGUCUCAAUUAUUUUAUGUACUAAAACUAUUUACAAUUACAUUACACUUCAGAAAACCUGUUGGUUUUUUGAUGUAAACAACUUUUUAAUAAGAAAGUGAAUUAGUUUUCCUAGUUCUUGUGCUGAAACACAUGUAAACAGCAAACACAAACUCUUGGGGGAUGCCAUGUUUUUGGGUUUUUUUUUGGUUUUUUGGGUUUUUUUUGAAGGUCCUACUACUGUCUAACACAUUUUUGCCAGUUUGUCAUGUCCCAAUACUGGUUGCAGAGAAGCAGCUACUUUUUUUCAGCAUCCCUGAAUAUAGACAUGGCACAGAGAUUGCUGCUUUUUUUUCAUAAAACCAAUCAACCUAACACUUCCAGAGCAAAACCCAUCAAUACAGGGCAUGUCCAGUUUGGUGUUCUAUUGUACUUGACAGGGACAAAUUAUUCUGGUAAUAAAUAAAUAAAUACAUCCCUAUGUAACAGGGAUACAGACCACCUGUUUAAUUUUGCCACAGCUUGCUCUAUCCUUGUUC